AAUUUCUCUACCGUAACCGCAGCCGUCUGUUUAUUCUUGCUUGACCACUGCGAUUGAACAGAUCAGCGCGUGAAAAUUAUUAUAAGUGUAAUUUGGGAAAAAAAGCGUGCGAGUGUAAAUAUUUACUUAAUAUAUAUUCACGAAUGGACAAUACAAAUGCAUGAUAAUUUUUUGGAAGUGGUUUUAAUUGGCCGGUGUCGUGUUUUUGAAGUUAUUGAAAAGUGAGAGCAGUACAAAAAAAAAUGUGGUGGACUGUAUUACCUAUUCUACUUCUGCCAUUAGCGUCUCAUGCACGAAUGGAUUGCUCCAGAAUAGAGUACGAUAAAUGUGUAAGAAUAGCAGAUCCGUUGGUUAAAGAAGCUCAUUUGGUUUUUCCUGACAAUUUGAACGAUAUUGAUCAAGUUUGUACUACUUGGAAUCAAUUCGUAGACUGUUUGAAAAUAUACACCGAUGAAUGUUUUACGGAUCAGCAGAGGAAACAGUUCAACAGAGCUGUCGAAAGCCCUAUUGAAAGUGUUCAUGAAAUGUGUAUGCAACCUAGUUACCAAAAAGAAUACCUGCAGUAUGCUCCAUGUAUAAAAAAUACAAUCAUUCAGAAAAUCCACUGUGGACAACAAUACAAUUUGCUGGUAGAACAAGUAGAUCAAGGAGAAAUAAUUUCAAAAUCUACGCUUUGUUGUUCGCAUGACAGGUUCAAACAAUGUGUUCAACGUGAAACGAGAAGGUUAUGUGACAGGGGAGUUUCGAAUGGGCCGGCUAGUAGGUUUGCCAUUCAAAUAAUCGAUAAAGCUUUACGAUUUCUCCAAGACCAGUGCCUUAAUUACAUUCCAAACUCUGGAGAUUGUUCCAUCAAUCCCACAAAUUUCCAUGCAGACAGAUCAGAUCCUCAUAUUGUUUCUACGUCGUCUAGCGAAAUCUACCGCUGGAGUACUGAUCAGGAAUUAUUGCCUAAAAUAGAACCGUCCUCCAGACCUCCUUUUAAAACGCCAACACCAUUUACUUGGGGAUCGUCAAGCUCAUCGACCGGUAGAAGUAUCUCUCCUGGAGAAUUUCCAACACAAAUGUUGGGUUCAAGAACAAGACCGGCUUCGUAUGGAAGAUCCAAUAGCUGGACUGAAGGUGUCAGUAAUCAAAAUACAGUAGGAAAUACUGUUCAAAUGUACCCAGAACGGUCCUCCACUAGAUCUACAAAACCUGAGUGGACUACUAUGUCAUCUUGGAGUAAUAGAGAAGAAAUUUCAACUCAUCCAAGUGUGAUUGAAACAACAAAAAACACAGCCAGAGUAUAUUCAUCCCCAUGGAAUCCCACAGAGACAACAUCUGAAACGUGGUAUCCUGCUGCAGGAAAUCAACUGAAUAAUGAAGUUGAUGAACCCAACCAGCUAGGUUUGAGAAAAUUUAGAAAUUCAGCAGAGGUUUUGGAAGGGUUAACAGUUAUUUCAGUAAUUCUAUUAUCUAAUUUGAUUAGAAUAUUUUAGUACAAAAAUAGCAUCAAAAUUAAUAAGAAAAGGUGAUUGCCGCGCAGUUUAUAAGUUGUAUGUUUCUAUUAUGAAAUGUUCUUAAUCAUUAUGUAAACAUCCUAAAAUAUCUUCAAUCUCUACUACCUCCACCGAUUGAAUAACAAUCACAAUAAAAAAUUUAGCAUAUAUCAGAAAUUUACUCUUUCAUUUAACUAACUAUAUGAUUAUAACAAUCAGAUUUGAACUUGGAAUAAUCAUAAUAAUGGAAUAAUCAUUAUAUAUGAUAUGUUGUGUGCGGCGAUUGGAGGAUUUGAUUAAUCUGGAAAUUAUUUCUGUUUCUUAUCCAUUACAAAAACAUUUCAGCACUAGUCAGUUGAAUGAAUUACAUUCAUAGUCAUAGUUCAAAUAAGUGUAUUUAUUAGAAAUAAUAUGUAAAAAUGCUUUUAUUAAAUGAUAUUUCAGAAAU